GUUGAUAGCGAGAACCAAGAGCAAACUGACAACGACUUCUUAAUUCAGUUCAGCUUCGUUUGAUUUAGUCCACCGAAAGCAAUGAAGCAGUUCACAUUCAGGGGUCUUAUGGCGCCGGUGUUCACACCGUUUCUAAACGAUAAAGGUAAAACGAUUAACUACGAUAUCAUCGAGGAAUAUGCGGGAUUUUUAAAAUCAAAGAAAGUACCGGCCAUUCUCGUGAAUGGAACCACCGGCGAGGGAAUGUGUAUGAGCGUACAGGAACGUAAAUUGGUCACGGAGAAAUGGAAAGAGGCCUGCGACAAACACGGACUUGUGAUGAUGGUUCAGGUCGGUGGUGCACCCUAUCCAGAUGUGAUCGAAUUGGCUCGUCAUGCCGAGCAGUUGGAUGUGAACGGUGUGCUCUGUUUACCGGAAUUGUACUUCAAACCCAAAACUCCGGAGAAGCUGGUUGAAUAUCUGCAGCAUGUGGCGAUUCACUGUGCGAAGACGCCCUUCUUUUACUACCACAUUCCAAUGUUUUCCGAUGUUAACGUGAAUAUGCCAACAUUCUUAAAUCUUGCAGAGAAAGCGAUUCCAAACUUUCGCGGCAUAAAAUAUACCAGUGGUGAGCUAGAUCAGGGAUCUGGUUGUCUCAAACCGAGCCGGUUUAUAUUGUUGGGGGCUGAUUCUAUACUCUGUGGAGCGGUUGCUGCUGGUUUCGAUUCCUUCAUAAUGACCACGCUUAAUAUUUGGCCCGAAAUUUCAUUGCAAAUCAUCGAAAACUUAGGCAAGGGUGAACUCAAGAAGGCCAGAACUCUUCAAUGUGAGCUUAACGCGAAAAUCGCAGAUGUACUGAAACAUGGUGAUUGGGUUACUGCAAUGAAGAAAGCAUUCAAUGAAAACUGCCCAUUCGAUCUCGGCAAAACGCGUGCGCCGUUAAGUUUUUGAGCCAUUAGCCAUGCAAUUCAUAUGCAUAUAUGCAUAUAAGAUGCUUCUG